AUGAGAUCAAGAACUAGACAAAUUGGACUGCAAGCAAGAAAUUUCAGGAGCAUUGUCUUACAUAAAGUAGUAACCUUCACCUCGUGGGUCGUUCCCAGGGCUUACCCGUUCACAUUCAAGAUGGCGGAGAAGGUAACUCCACAACGCUGCAAGGGUGAUUGCGUUCAUAUGGUUACUUGCCAGAGCCCAGUAAAUAUUGCCGUCAUAAAAUAUUGUAAGUAAAAUAAAAUAAAAUGGUUUUAUUUGUUAAUUUUCAUCCUGUAAGAUUAGAAAUUCAUUUUUUGGUUAUUUUUCUUUCCAGGGGGGAAGAGAGACGAGGAACUCAUAUUACCACUGAAUUCUUCCCUUAGUGCCACUCUCAAUAAAGAUGAGGUAGGACUAAUUCCCUUGUAUGUGUAAAAUUUCCCUUCUAGACAGUUAUGUGUCAUUGAAAGUGCUAUAAACUUAACCAAGAAAUACCCGUCUUUGAUUUGCUUUAAGCUGCAUGCCAUUACCACUGUCGCAGCCAGCCACAAAUUUUCAGAAGACUGUUUAUGGCUUAAUGGAAGGUGAGAGCUGUAUAAACGUUGUGCUUUCACUUUUUUAUGUCACUACCGUAUCGUUGAAAAAAAUAACGAUUAUUUCCUCAGGAAUUUGACUGAGAGUCUGGGUCCCAGGAUGAGGAUGUUGCAACACUUUUUAAACCUUUAAAUCGUAAUAUCAAAAUAAUAAUAAUAACAACAUUUUUAUAUUAUUAUUAUUAUUAUUAUUAUUAUUUUGAUAUUACGAUUUAUGACCAAAGCAAGAUAGGCAUCAUGCCUUACUUAGCAAUUGUUGUCGUGCACAACAAAUUUAUAAAUUCACUAUGCGAGAAUAAAAUAAGGACAAAUUUUAUACUUAUCAUUCUUAAGGCUUUAAUAAAGGAUUCCUUUUCUUUGUUGAUGACUUGCAAUGGUGAAUGUUCGUAAUCAGUCCAUAAGGUUUUACCUUCCAAUCUUUUUUAUUUAUGUAUAGGAAGCAAGAAAUUGCUGAGAUGCCCAGAAUUCAAAAUUGCCUGUUAAAAAGUGAGAUUUCUGAUACAUAAUUAGAUACCGGUAUUGAAAAAAAUAUAUAUUUGUUAUACUGAUGAUUUAAUGUUUCGUAUGAUUCUUCUUUAUUCACAAGAGAAAUAAUGUGAUUCUAACUAGCCACAAACAGGUUGAUUUUCAUGGAUAAUGUUAAUGUUUUUGGGUACAGAGAAAAUACCAGUAUUUCUUAGUCUAGUAUGAUUUAUAGUUUUUAACAUAUAUACACUUCUGUUGUGGUGUUAGGCUAUCGUUGUAAAGCUGGCUUUUUCAGCCAUUAUCUAAUCUCAAAAUGAUUCUAAGAAACUUUUACCAGAGUUCAGGUUAUGGUGAAAUUCUAAGUGACUUCUCCUUUGCAAAACGAAAUGCACACAUAAUUCCUUUAUGAACCAUUUUAUUUUCUCUAUUGAGUAUUGGAUAACUUAUAUAUAGUUGCAUCCAUAAAGUAAAGCUAAUAAUUUGUCAUGAUGAUUAUGAAAUAUGAACCAUUUCAUUUGCACCUAUGAGGUAAAACUUCCCAAAAUUUUUUCAGUCUAAUUAUAUUUUUUAGUAUUUCAGACAUGUUCUGAGAUUGAAUUGGAAGGCGUAUGCUGUCUGUCUGAUAUUUUUGAUAUGGAAAAAGAAGCUUUAUUAACUUGUAAUAUUUAUAUACAGUGGUCCUUAUCAGUGAUCAAUGUAUUAAUAAAAUAUGAUGUUAUCCCUGGUGUUAGCAUUUCCCACAAGAUAUUAACUGUGUGUAUUCUAAUUCAUUUUUAGUUCGAGAACUGUGUAAGAGUGAUCAUCUUAACAGCAGGUGGUCAGAACUCAAGGACUGUCAUGUUCAUAUCUGUUCUGAGAACAACUUUCCGACAGCAGCAGGACUGGCAUCCUCAGCUGCUGGCUAUUCUUGCCUAGGUACAUGUGUAUGAAUUGACUUGUUGCUGUCCUACUUAAACUCCCGCUGACUAGAAAAAAAAAGGGGAAAAACUUUCAUAUAAGGGGCUUGUGUAGCUCCAGAAAAUAGCCAUACAUGUGCUACUCCUAUGGUUGUUUUGGUUUCAAAUCCCACCCUCUCUGGAAAUUCCAGUUUACUUCAUUAUGUUAGUGCCACACUUUUCAUUUUGGCCUUUAAGUCGUUAAGGACACGGUCCUUCCUCUCAACUUCAAUUUCUUAUUUUAUGGGUGGCUAUUGAUACUUUUCCUGUUAAUCAGUCUGGGUCUCUGUGGCCUCUCCCCACAAAAUUUUAGCUUUCUGCGGGGUAGGUAUUGAUAUAAUUUUUCAAACCCCUCAAUUUGCCUUUUUUUUUCUUUACAUUAUUGAUUAAACUGGCUAAGAAAGAAAUCAUGUUUUAAAAAAUGAGAUUGCCUCAUAGGUGGUAAAAGGUUGUAUGGCCUCAGAACAGGAAAAAUAUGAAUUUUUACUGCCAGCGACUGAGGUUUCAGGAAGCAAGUGGCUCCAAGACACUUUUCUCUUCAGAAUGACAGUUAGAACCUUUAACGAUAAUGGUCCCAAACACUUAAGAAGGAUGCUGGUGAUAGAUUCAACCUUUUGAUGGCCACUAAAAAUACAACAACAACAAAGCACAAGUUUUUCUGAUCACGUUACCUAAGACCACAGGUAUACCAUGACAUCUUAAUCCUCCUUUAAGAAAAAAAACCUUAUUACACUAUUAAAGAGUUGACUAGCUACAAUGCAACAACAAUGCAAGCACUGACUGGGAAACUCUGAAUAAACAAAUUCAACAGUUUGAUAAAGUGUUCAAUGUCCACAAUGGCUCACACAUUUCUGAUAGGUCUUGUUGGAACUUGGACAGGUACUUCACUAGCCCAGUGAAUCUCUGCACUGCUGUUACAUCAGCUGCUGGUUGCUCCAUCUUGAUAACUGCUUCAACUUCCUCAGGACCUGCAUUCAGACCAUUCAUAAUCAUUACAUGGCCAAUGAAUGACAUUGCACGGCUUUUGAACUGGAACCUCUUGUUCAGCUUUAUAUUUCUUGCUCUGCAACGUUCUAGAAGGUUCUUCAGGUUUUGAUCAUGGUCAAGGACAGCCUUUUCGUCAGUGUCCUCUUGGCCAAUGAUGAGUAAAUCAUCUGCUAUCCUAUACACUCCCGUCAGCCCUUCAAGACAGUGGUCGAGCUGUUGUUGGAAACAGUCUGGUGCUGGGCAGAUACCAUAUGGCGCAGAGCCACCGGCACCUUUCCCAAGGGGUAUGAAAUGUCAUAAGCUUACUGGACUCUUAGUCAAGUUGUAUAUGAAAGAAUCCAUCCUUCAGAUCAGCUUUUGUGAACACUUUUACUUUGGAUAGCUCUGGCAAAAUUUCCUCGGCAACAGGUAGUGGUUAGUGUCUCCUCUUCCAUGCUUGAUUUAGGUGCUUUGGGUCGAGGCAAACCCUAACUUUUCCAUUUGGCUUCUGAGUCACAGCCAUGCUGGAUACCCAUUCUGUAGGUUCAUCUUCUCUUCUGGUUACUUCCAGGCUUUCAAGGUGAUCAAGUUCUUCCUUCACUCUUACCUUAAUUGCCACAGGGACACGCUGGGGUGGUAUUACAACAGUUGUCACUUUAUUGUCAACUUCCAACUGCAGCUUGCCUCCCAUCUUGUUUGUAGGCAGACAGAAUGAAAGUGGUUUUGUUUGAAACACUUUGUUCAGGUUUUGUCAUAUGCUGGUCAUUUCUCCAUUCCUCACUCAUGUUUUCUGCCACAGUUUUUGCACAUUCUCAUUGCUCUUGCCUUUUUGUAGUCAUUCAGUUGACUGCUUCUGCAUUGGCUGGAGGUCAAUCUCUUUCAGCUGUCUGUUUGCAGCUUCAUCUGCUAUAGUUCAUGCAUUUUUCCAAUAUAAGCUCUGCUUCUUGCAGCAGCUUCUUGCGUGGUCCACUGUCUGAAAUACCACAUAGGAGUCAGUCUUUAAUCAUUUCUUCCUUGAGGGAUCCAAAGGCACAGGUAUCAGCCAUUGUGCAAUGUGCAGAUGCAUAGGUUUCAAUUUUUUUGGUGGGUUCUUUUGCUCUAAGAUAAAAUAUGUAGUGCACAUAAAUCGUAUUACUCUUGCCUAUGUAUGCAGUAAUUAUUCCACAACUCCAAGACUUUUGCUAAGUCACCACGGUCUAGUCUAGGAGGUACUGGGACAUAAUUAGAAGUAAAUAUUUGCUUCAGUGCUGCAGGACGUGGAGGUGUUGCUGUGCUGUGCUGCUGCUCUUGGCCCUGUUGCUUUCUCCUGGUGUGGUUGGCAUUAUUUGCUCAAAUCCUGUCACUGUAUCACGAUCCAAAUUCUCAAAAACGUCUAAAGCGCCAACUGAAAGGUGCUGAAUUUCUUGCUUGAAGAUUUUUAAUUGAUUUCUCCUGACACCUGACACAACAAUAAUGGUCCCAAACACUUAAGAAGGAUGAUGGCGAUACAUUCAACCUUUUAAAUGCCACCAAAAAUAUAACAACAACAAAGCACAAGUUUUUCUGAUCACGUGCCCUACUAAGACCACAAGCAUACCAUGGCAAUGUGUGACUGUGCAAAAAUGGUACAAUGUUACAUUUUUUGUACUCAUAUUUAAGGUCUCCCAUCUUUAAAAACUGGAACUAGUUGGCAAUGAUGAGUCUACUCCAGGCCCUUAAGAGUGAAGUGAUCCUUGUAGGACAAUGACCUUGAGAGAUUAAUUAAGAUUUAGCUAAAAAUUCCAAAAUAAUGUGAAUGAGGAUUUUCUUGAAACUCGUCCACCCAUAAAUUUUUAUUAAGACAUUUCUUUCCUUCAAUUCCAGUAAGGUUGAAGCAAACUGUAUUUCACUUACUAUUUUGCCCCCUCUCGGUUUUCCAUAUCUCCACUGGUUUUAGGUUAAAGCCAAGCAAAAAUGUUAAUAAAUUUAUAUUCUGCAGUGAGCUGGUGAACAGUCUAUCAUGAUUUUGUCAACAGGGACUCUGAAUGGUUUUGUUAUCAAAACACUGCAUAUCUCUUUGAUUUUUAAAAUCUUUUAUUACCAUUUAUGUGUCCAUUGUUGUUUGUCUCUGCAGUGUUUGCUCUUUCAAAGUUAUUUCAAGUCAGUGGUGAACUUUCGGGCAUUGCAAGGUAAAAUACCUACAGCCUCGGUGGAUAACACCCUCAGAAAUCUUCAAGAUACAAAAGCCGAAUUCAAUAAUUAUUUUAUAAAAUAUUCAUUCAAAAUAAUUCCUUGUUUAAAAACAAGCUAAAACAUGCUUUUUACCUCCAUUGAUGGUAAAGUUCAUCUUCGAUAGUGCUCAUUAAUUGGCAAGUUUAGGAGAUAAAGGGUUGUAAAUUGAUAUUCUCUAAAUAGCUGAUGUCGCCCUUCGAUUUGUCUCCUUGCUGUUCUUCCUAUGUUUUAGCGAACAGUUCACCUAUUUCUCCCUGGUGAAACAAUUGAAAUGUUCCACCAUAUUUGUUCUCACUACCAGAACAACUCAAUCUCGUCCCCAAGUCUUCUCUGUUAAUGGUUCAAUAAUCUGCAACUUUGCUGCACUUUUGACUUCAUCAGUCCAAUAUGACAAAAUUCUUCCAAAUUUGGUCGACAAUAGCUGGUUAUGAUGAAUUAUUGUGUGAUUUUAGCCAAUCAGAAAAGGAGAAAUAUUUUGAAUGAGUAAUAAAAUGAAUUAUUGAAUGAGGCUGAGUGUUAUGUGAAGAAUUAUGCAGAUUGACCUGUAACUCAAUUAAAGACAGGAAACUAGGGAAAGGGUUGCGGGGUUGAUCUGAUGCGUCCUGAUCCAGGUUUUCAACAGCCACCUAAAAACUCUUUCGCAAUCUUCAAGCCCCACUUCAAAGAAAGUACAUGCACCUGUACCUGUUUGAGCGUCGAUAAUUGCAGGAGAAUAAACAUUUAAAAUAUACAAUAACAAUAAAAAAGGCAGAUUUGAUAGUUUUUUGGAAGGUAUUCUAUUGGAAAUUAGAAGAGGACUUUCUUAUGAUUUUUAUUUAUUUACAAUUGUUAAUUUUAAUAAUUUUUUCUUGUUCAGACAGGGCUCAGGAAGUGCUUGCCGCAGCAUGUAUGGAGGCUUUGUAGCGUGGGAGAAAGGAGAAAAGAAGGAUGGUUCAGACAGCAUAGCUAAACAGGUGACUAAUGAUAGUCUUCAAAGUAACCUGAUAUUGUUGAUCUAUUCCAGGGCAUGCUAAGCUGCGUUUUGCAAACCUAACCUAACAUAGAAGGAAAAACUCUACACCCAACCCCAAGACUACAAUCGGUGACAAAGUUAGUAGAGACACUUAACCCUAAAUGGGCUUUCUGAUGUUUUACCGACUUCAAAAGGAGAAAAUUGAGCUUUCCCAUCCGCACCCCCUCCAUGCAAUGUUGGGCCACCAUUCGAGCUUCCUGCACACGUAAAAUACGACAAACACUCUAACUUGAAUGGUGGGGAUGGGUAGGGGUGUGGGCUUUGUCUCAACAAUUUUGUUGCUGAUUGUACAUAAUGUAGUGGCACAGAUUUCUGGAGCGACUGAAAUGACUUUACCAGUCCAUGAUCAGCUGCAUAUUCUGCAAACCUUAUCUAGUGUUAUUGUACAGAAGGCAAAACUCCACUCCCCAUCCCAAGUCUAGAUUGUAUGGCGGUGUAAUAAUUUUCCAGAGCAACUGAAGUGAGUGUUAAUUAUUUGGGUCAGCAUUAUAUCUACAACCUCUUUUUUCAGAUUGCUUCAGAAGAGCACUGGCCAGGAUUGAGAGUACUUAUUCUGGUAGUAAGUACACGCCUCAAAAUAAUUUUCAGAUGGUGUCCAGACGCGAUGAUCUGGCGAAAAGCAGUAUGAACCUUGCUCAUACUGUCAUGUUUUCCCUCCUUAGCCUUGAAAAAUAACAGAGUUUCACAAUAAUGCUAAGAAUGCACAAAUCUGAAUUUUUAGCAGACUACUGCCUCUAACGUGGCGCCCUGUCAGCAGAGCCUUUCUUUUGCUUGCUCAAUUUUGGCGAACUCGAGAAAGACUCUGCAUCUUUGUUUAGCAUGCGCAACAUAGUUUGGAAUCCAGGCCUAAUAGCUCGGCUCCAUGAUCUUGCUAUAGUGGGCUAGGUUAUGACCAUCGGUUUAUCAAUAAACUGAUGCUCGCACUCGAAAAAACCACUUUAACGAGAGAAAACAAGACUGACUUGCUCGUCCGGAAGUUCAGGCUGCCGUGACUCAAAGGUUUGACGUGAUUCAGGUAGAGCCACCUUUUCUCAGGACUUCUCACUCAAGAAGACAAAAGGAACCUCUAACAUGGUGGAUAGUACUGAAAAAAUAUGAAUCUUGAAACUCAUUUAUUAUUUUUACCAGAGACACAAUACUGUAGGCCUGACUGUGAAUGAUUAACAUCCUGUGUAUGAAAAGAAAUAAUACUUCCAGUUUAAAAGCCCCGUAUGUCUUGAUGUAAUUUGCAGUUGCAGUUGGUGGGGUCCUCCAUACCCAUUUGCGACAUAGAGAUACAUGUUGAAUUUUUAAAAAAUACAGUGGAACCUUGAUUUAAUGCAGGGCCAGGGGACUGACAAAAUUUUCGCUAGAUUGAGGUUCGUUAUAUCGAGGUUGUUUUUCAUAUAUUUUACUGUUACUGAGGUAAAGAAAAUCGUUCGUUAUUCUGAGCACUUCGUUAUAGAGAUUCGUUGUAGAGUGAUUUUGUUACAAAUAGUGAUGGUGAGUCCUGGGACUCAUCGUGUGAAAAAUCAUGAGUCCCAGUCCGGAACCAAUGGGUCCCAGUGAAAAAGAAAACGAGCUGGAAGUUGAAAAUGCUUGGGUCUUUAUGUAAACAGACAGUUAAUCUGUAGACAGACCACAACACUCUGUAUUACAGUGUACAGAAAUUAACAUAAAGUCCUUCUAUCUUAAAGCAAAGCAAAUUAAGAAAAAGGCUAAAAGAAAUAUGCAUCGUUAAACGACAGCCAUAAUAACUACCACAGAAAUUACUCAAAUGGGAUAUUUCCACUUAGAAACCUCUAAAAUCCAACUUGUGGUCUAUUAUCAAUGCUGCGUUCUGAUUGGUUGAGCUACUACUCGGCUAUAUGUUAUAGCCAACAAGUAGCGAAAGCGCCGGCUUUUUGGCGGCAAAAAAAGGAUUAAAGUCUAGCUUUAACCAGCUAAAGUUGUUUUGUCUCGAUAUUUUUGACCAGCUAGUGGGAUUUUACUAAAUCCAUUAUUCCUCUCGCCCUCAUGGGCUAUUGGGCUCGUGCAAUAAUUGUUAAAAAUACACAUGUUCAGGUCAGUCGAACGAUCUUUGUGUUCCUACGGGAUGCAUGCCAUGAAUUAUUUUGCGUCUCUGAGGAUUUUUAUGCGUCAGGGAUGCAGGACGCAGAGGUAACAAAAUCACUGUAGUGUAUCGAGAUUCCACUGUACAUCGCAGUGACCCUUUUUGUGAGGCAUUUUGCGUUUUACAGAGUUAGAGUAUGGACUAAAGUAACCCUUACUUAAUAGUCAAUUCUCCUGUCAUUUUUAACUUGCACAUUAAUUUUUUAGGUAAACGACAACAAAAAAGGCACAAGUAGUACAGAGGGAAUGAGAAGAAGUGUAGAAACCAGUGAUUUGCUUAAGGUAAUUAGAGCUAUGUUACUAUAUAAAUCUCUUUUUGCUAUUACUCUUAAACUGCAAAAACACAAACACAUUGGAAUCAAAGAAAACGCCGAAAUACUGGUUCAGUGUUACUGUAUUUCCUCGAAUAAUAGCCGUCCCUCGAUUAUCGCCUCCCUCGAAUAAUCGCCCCCCCCCCCGCCCCUCUCGCCGUCUUCUCUUCCUGAUCCCGACAAGUUCAAGUGCAAUGUGAUCCAUCAAAACUGAUCAGUGACGAAUUAAUCAAGGAACUAAAUCUGGAACACUUAAAAAGCCAUGUUCAGUUUAUUUGAUGUGAUUAUUUUUGGCCUUAAUGGGAAAAUGAAACAAAAUAUUUAGGGCAAGACUUCCAGUGAACAAUUGUUGAAAUAAUCGCCUCCCUCGAAUAAUCGCCUUCUCUCGAACUGAAUCGCUCCCUUUUUGUGGGAAAAAAGAAAUAAUCUCCCCCGGCUAUUAUUCAAGAAAAUACGGUAUUCAAAAUUGCUCUACUGGGUCAACUGCAUUCUCGUCCCCAGAGCCCUCUGGGGGGCUGAGCACGAGGACCAGGCGGCUCUGGGGACACGAGGGACACAGCAUUUGAAGUACUAGAUUUUAGGACUUCCGGUCAUUUCCGAUUCAAAUGAAAGUUGGAGGAUUUUCUUUUAAAAGCUUUGAAUCACCUAAAUUUACAGUCGAUGACACUUGGGCAAGAGCAAGUGACUGCUAUUAGAAACGUUGUAAAAAAUCAGAAAUGACCGGAAGUCCUCAAAUCUUGGACUUCAAAUCCUGUGUCCCCAAAGCCUCCUGGUACUCGUACUCAGGCCUCCAGGAGGUUCUGGGGACGAGAAAGGGUCAACUGUAAUAUAUGCGCACAUUUUUUAGUUUUGAUGCCCAGGAUAGAAACGAAUUGCAACUGGAAAAAAUGGACCAAUAUUUUAAAGUUAACCUACUGUGUUGUUAAACAAUCGACAAGAAUCGAUCCUACCGUGUGUUCCUUGUGAUCAGAACCAUUCGAUAACAAUUUUUUUGGAGCUCUGCAUAUGAAGAGAGGGGACUGAGGCCAAUUAGGCAUAUUUAGUCGGCCCCGAUUCUUCAUAUCCUACGAAAGCCGAAUUCAAUACAGUGAAACCUCUAUUAAGCGGACCCCAAAUCAAGCGGACACUAAGCCGGGUCCCGAAACGAACGUCUGAUAUUUCCCUUUAUAACGAACCCCUAUUCAGCGGACACCUCCAUUAAGCGGACGCGGACACUAAAAUAAGUUGUAUUUGGCUAAUUUCUAUUGUUAAAAACCUCUAUUAAGCGGACACCGGACUGAAUUGACAAUAGUAGUAUUGGAUUACGUCCUUGAAAUAUGGACUGAAGUCAGUUAGUGUUUUUGCAAUUACAAACAAAUUAAAGUUGAUAAUGAAAGGUAAUGAACUUGAACUCUGGAUACCUUCUUUAACAACAUGCAACUUUAUCGCCGUACAAAGUAACCGUUGAACCUUGAUCGCUAACAAACAUUGCGCAAUUUUUACAACCCUUAUUAAGCGGACACCCUCUAUUAAGCAGACCUUGGGAAGGCCCCGAAGGUGUCCGCUUAAUAGAGGUUUCACUGUAAUUGCUUUAUUAUUAGUUCAAAAUAAUUCCAAGUUUAAUAACAAGCUAAAACAUGCUUACCUCCGUCGAUGUUAGUUCAAAUCGAUAGUGCGUCUUUAUCGGGAAGUUUAGGAGAUAAAGGGCUGUUCAGGUCUGCAAGUAUCUCCAAAUAGUAGAUGUCGUCCGUCGAGUUGUCCUCUUGCUGUUCUUGCUAUGCUUUUAGACAAUAGUUCGUCUUGAAAAGAGUAAAAUGUUCCGCCAUUACUCACUCUGAAAAGAACUCAAUCUCUUCCCCAGGUCUUCUUGGCUAAUGGCUCAAUAAUCUGCAACUUUGCUGCUCUUUUGACGUCAUUGGUUUAAUAUGGCAAAAUUCUUCCAAACUUGGUGAACAGUAGCUGAUUAUGAUGAAUUAUGCAUGUGAUUCUAGCAAAUCAGAAACGGAGAAAUAAUUUGAAUGAAUAAUAAUCUGGUUUACUUUCAGCUCAGCUUAAAAAUGACAUGGCCGCUUUGAUAGCAGGAGGAACCACUGACAACAAAAAGACUUCUUAUACAUUAACUACCAAUUAUAUCAGGCAGAUUAACAAAUACCACCCCCGAUGACAGCUUUCAAAACCGAUGAAAGGCAGAGUGUCACACACCUCGCUUUAUAACGCAGGCUUUUAUUUAGACCAUACUGAACUGAAUUCCCGUUUAUUUUAUAUGGCUUACAUUGGUCCAGGGUAUAAAGGUCAACCUCCCAGCCGAGUCAAACUUUUUUUAAAAAAAUUCGUAAAUUUGUUAACUAAAGAAAAAAGCUUACAGUUGAUAUAACCAAGGUACAAGCAAGCCAUGUAACAGAAAAAAGGGGGAAAACCCCAAAGAAAGCGUACAAUUAUUGCAAUCAAGGUACAUAAUCAACUUAAGCGAGCAUUUGUAUGAGAAAAAAGCUGAUCCCUUUGCUCUUCCUUUGCCUGAGCUUACAGCACUGGCGCAUUGUCUAAAACAGCGCAUGUUCAUGCUGUUAUUACCGAGUUGACCCGGUUGGGCAAGCGAAAGUGUUUGUAUAGAAAAUAUUUGGCCUGGUUAGCUAUAUUGGAGGGUGACCCUACCAACGCAAAAGAGUGAACCGUGUAAACGGUUCGUCACGUUUUGUAAGAAACUGUCUGAUAAGUUGGCUCGGGUAGGCGGGUGACCCGGGAUAACUUUUCUUCCUAUAAAAGGGGUCUGCCCCAUUCUGAAGCCCUUAGCAAAAUACUUGCACCGGUAGGUUUCUUAGUUAUCCAAAAUCUACAGUGGCGGUCAUCCAGACCCCGAGAUAACAGGGGGGCCCCGUCUCAAAACAAAUUUUUUUUGGCCCUUCGUUUGGCCUCAGUUUGGUCUAAAAAUAAGGGGGGGGGCCUGCCCCUCUCCUGGAUCUGCUACUGAUCUAUUCCACUGCCAGAAACAGUUGUAGGAGUUUUAACUGUUUAAACGAAUUGUUACCAUUUUUUCCUCUUUUUUUGUUUCAGUUAAGAGCUGAAUCUUGUGUCCCCCAGAGAAUGGAGGUUAUAAAAAAGGCUAUAUUAGAAAGAGAUUUCAGGACGUUUGCAGAAACUACAAUGAAGGUACAUUAGACCAAUUUUUUUUCUCUACUUCCCUUCUUUAUUCAAUAAAAGGUUAACAGCAAAAGUUGUCUGCAGUGAUAGCGUAAAUUGAUAAGUAGUGUCUUUAGGUAGCUUAAGCAACGAAGACAACGACGGUGGCGAAAACUGUCUCUUAAAAAAUGAAUUCACGCUGUUUCAAAAUUCAUCGCUCAUAUUCCAUUGUCGUUCAAUUUGUAAGAGGUUGGUGAUUUUUUCUGGCGUUGCAUGAAAACUCAUUUAUCUUUUGCACAAAUCAGUCCCGUUUACCGAAAAACGACUGCGAAAAUCUGAAAGUGGUAUCAAAGGCAAGUGUAAAGAAAUGAAAACGAAUUCUCGCUUGUAACGUUCCCACUGGGAAAACAGGACUACCUUGUCAGACGUUCCAUUGCUCCGGAAAAUUUUCCACUGAAACGACCCUUAGAGCUAAUCAGAUUGCAAGGAUGCGACAAGUGAUUGCAAAAUCGAUGAGAUAAAUGAUGAUAUCUUUUCACUUGGUAAGUUUAACCUGAGCUAACUUUUCUCACUUUCUAGGAAAGUAAUCAGCUUCAUGCAGUAUGCCAAGAUACCUACCCUCCUAUAUCACCACCUUACAUGAACCACACCUCGCAUAAAGUCGUUCAAAUGGUGACUGGAUAUAACAAUUUGUACGGCGAGCCAAAGGUAUGAUUAGCUUUGUUGAUAGCUGAUUUUACUGCCAUAUGACCAUUUCAGUUAUCAUUUUACAUUUGCGCAUUUAAAACACGUCAUAUUGGACUGACUACUAGUAAAGUAAAGUCUAUUAUCCGAACGAGGACGGCGUCAGCGGCGAAAACGUCGCUUAGAAAAUGAAUUCGCGUUUGUUCAAUCUUCAUCUCGAUUAUUCCGGUCAUUCAAACGUACUUACUCUGCAUUUCACGUCGUAGUGAUGCAAUGACUCCACAAAGAAAUGUACAAAAAAAGUGUGCUGCGAGUGUAAAGUUUCUUCGUUUAUUAAACCUAUUGGUUUUUUGAAGCUGUCGUCGCUGUCAGAUCUUAGGGCCUGUUUACAUGGUGGUGGUGAAGUAACCCGUUGAGGUGGGGUAAAAAACCCGUGUUUACAUGCAGCCUAAGACCCCGCUAUCUCGGGUUACACUUUCUCAAGAUUAUUGAAUUGUCGCUAAGCACGUAAACACAAAAAUUGCGGGCAGACGAUGUGUUUUGGCGGUUAACGCUCCUCUACUCUCACUUUCUGCUCUUGCUGUAACCUUUUACUGUAGCUAAUAGUAUUAAAUUUUAGUCGUAUGCAGCUUAUUCCUUUUAUAAAAUCUGCGUACAUUACAUUUGCAUUUGGAGUGAUAUCCACCUAAAUGCCUCCAAAGAGGAUCCUGAAUGUUGACUUAUUUUGUUUGCCCAUGUGUGCAGAAUUUUUUUUUAUAGACUUUAGCAAGAGAGAAUAAUCUAGAUUUGAGAAAAUAAGAUCCUGUUUGAAAUCUUAAGGCUAAACAGGUUCUUGUAUAGAGGGGGCCUAAGUGGCAAAUUUUAGCCUAACAGGUUCAAAAACCUGGUUCUUACACGCAGGUUUUUACUCGGCUGUAUUAGCAGUACAUGUGUUUUUCUUAGUACAGAUCUUGUUUAAAUCAGUUUCAUAGGUGUUGCCCCAUCACAAUGAUACAUAAUUAAAAUAGGGGUAAAUUAUAAUACACAGUUUUCGUGGCACACUUCCAGAUCAGUUUUUUAGUAUGGGAGAGGUAAUUCAAGACUCCAGAGCUUCUGGUUAAAAGUAUUACGUAUUUAAAAUUUUCGCUGCAACUCUCUAAAAGCAAACAAACGCCGGAACAAAACAAGAGAAACUUCGACAAGUUCACUACAGAAAGACUUCAGUGAUUAGAUCAACAUGAUUUACAUAGUAAGCCAAGCAAAACAGGACGACUAGAAAAGAGAGAACCUUGAGCACUGUGAGGGCAAAUUCUUGUUUCCGUUGAGCCAGUCCUUGCAAGCUGUCACUUUGUCCUGCAUUCAACCAGGGAAAGUCUUCUUCUGGAAUUUCACAACCGAGAAACUUGCACAAAGGUUUCCAGCCUUGUUUCACGUUAAACACCAAAAGCCGCUCCUCAGGAAUGACGACCUUCACUCGUUCAUUGUGCUCGCGAUAUUUUUUCUUGAACAAAAUAGUUGACUCUGUUUGUAAGCUACCCAUGGCUGCAUUAUCCAUAACAUCGGCUAGUGCGUAAUAUGUGCAGUGAGACCAUCUCUUGAUAAACAGCUUAGUCAAGAAUCCACUCCCGUUUAAAGUUCUCAACACAUCGUUUAAUUUCAUGUAGCUUUUCAGCCAGACUUCCUCGCUGUCUCGUACAGUUAGAAUUACCUUAGCGUCUGGAAAAGCCUCUGAGAUUUCUUGAAACCAGAAGGCUGGUGGACGAUCGGUUACCGCAUCGACAUCUUUAUACAUAGAAACAAAGUCAGGGCUUUUGCCUUUCAUGUAAAUAUCAAGCCAUUCUUCGCCGUUGAACGCUACGUGUUCUGGAUAUUCGUAGACUUUAUAGCCAAGGACCCUUAGAGCGCUCGCCAAGGACGUUGUUCCAGUUUUUGCUAGUCCUGCACAUAUGAUUUUCAUGCUUGGAACGCUACUAACGUUGUCUCCCAGAUAACAUCAGAUAAGAGGGAGUGUUUGGAAUAAAAUCACAAUACUUAACCAUAUUUCUCAGUGGCUUGCUCCGCUAGCGGCUGAAUGAAGCAAUUCCUAUGUUUUGAUUGGCUGCUCGACAGGGCAAGGUUGAAGGACACAUAAGUUAAGUGCACGUUCCGCUAAAAACAAACCGUCAACCUUUUAACCUGCAAGCCACGACGUCCAAGUCAUGUACACGCCGAUAAAACAAACCAUCUACAUUUACUCUUUUUACGGGAAUACAUGCAAUUAAAAAAAAACAAUAAGCCUAUUCUCAAAGUUAGGCUCCUUUCAAACGUUGAACACCGAAUUUAAUGCUAAUGAGGAAAAUCUAUUGUUUUUACUAAUUUAAAUAAGAUUACUCGCUUGAUGGUUUACGAAUGGUUAGAGCACCGUAACCAGUAUUGCAAAACAAGUCCUGUCCUGGCAACAGGGUGUGCAAACGGACGCAACAUGUAGCAUCUAACAAUGUUGGGAGUUGUUGGUCAACAAUGUUGCGUCCGUUUGCAAGCAGCCUAAUGCAAAAAAGUAAACUGACAAACCUGCGGUCGUCAUUAUGCAGCAGUUAACAAUUACAAUUAAAAACAUACCCAGAAUUAAAAAUAGACGUAGAAUAAAGUGAAAUUGCAAUUAAAAAAUACAACAGUAAAAUACAAUUCAAAAAUUGUAAAUAGGAAGUAAUAUAAGUUACAACAAAGGAAAUUAAGAAGAUGCAAAAAAGUCAAUUAAGGCCUUUUUAAAACUAAGUACACAUUCAAUCUUCUUUAAAGAAUUUGGGAUUGCAUUCCAUAAUCUUGCUGACCUCCCACUAAAUGUACGUACGUCCCCUUCGGUUUCACGUUUGAAGCGAGGGCAGACUAAGUUCAAGGAGCUAUUUCGGCUAUUCCGAUCAUUUAUGUCCGAAUUUAAUACCAGAAGAUCGUUCGUGUAGCUUGGGCUAUGUCCAUUAAUACGGCUGUGAACUUGAAUACAAAUGUUUACUUUCACCUCGACGUGAAGUGGAAGUCAAUUCAACUUCUUAAAUAGUUCAAAACUGCAUUUUAGUAAAAAGGGCGACCUCCUCAUUCCACCCCAAACAAUGUUGAAUUUUGAGCAAAAAGGGUAGAAACAAGUUUUUUUUUUUUUUUUUUUUUUUUGGGGGGGGGGGGCGUAACAUUAAGGAGCUUAACCAACAACGAAGGCGGCGGGUACGAAAACCUCACUUGUAAAGUGAAUUCGCGUUGCCUCAAACUUUGUGCUUAUUCCAUCUCGUUUAAUUCUUCAAAUGUUGGCAAAUUUUUUUGUAGUUGAAUUUUAAAAGACUAUUUCAAAGUUCAAGAAAAGAAAAAGAGAGUUGUUGUCUUGUGUUCACGUCCACGUUAAAACGUGAAAUAAGGCAUUUUCACGUUGUAGUCGUGCAGCAACAGCAAAAAAAUGUGCAAAAAAGCGUGAUGCACGUGCGAAGUUGUUGUUUUCCCAAUCUAAACCUAUAUGCCACUUGCACAUCUCCCAUAAUGCAUUUUAUUUGCCCCCCAAAUUUUGCAUAACCUUUGUUUUUCAUUUCUCCUGGGUAUUACAGCCGUCCCAAGAGAAAUUGAAAACAUUGCUUAUACAAAAUUUUUGGGGGCAAAUAAGGUGGAGAUGUACAAGUGGCGUAUUGCCUUUUCCUGUCCUCGUUGCCGUCGCCGUCGUCGUUCUUAAGUUCCUUUUUGCUGGGAGAGGGGGGAAUGAAGGGAUGAGCCCAAAGCCAAUCCAGAAAUUGUUACCAGGGGCAGAGUCGUACGUAACAAUUAUUUGGAAGGGUUUUUCCGCAGUGUUCCGAGUUGUUUUCACCUCCAUUGUGGAUGUGGAUGUAAAAUGAAUGGGUAAGGAGUUUUCUGAGUCAAGAUGGUCUUCCUUAUACCCUGAGGUUUCACUCCACUCGAGUAUAAGCAAUGAUAGUUUGUGGCAAGAUAUCACACAGAUUGUUGUUUCAUUUCAGGUCGCUUAUACCUUUGAUGCCGGACCAAAUGCAUGUCUGUUUCUGAUGGAAAAAGAAGUUCCUGAAGUCCUGGCCAUGAUACAGCUUUUUUUCCCUCCAGAUACAUAUCGCGGGUAAGUAGCAGCAAAAUAAACAGUAGUGUCGACCUUAAUUAAUAGGGAGCUUAAGGAAAGACGACGGCGACGGCGACGGCAACGAGAACGGCCUGAAUACACCAAUAGGUUUAGAUUGGCAAAAUAACAGCUUUGCACGUGCAUCACGCUUUUUUGUACAUUUCUUUACCGUCGUUGCACGACUACAACAUGAAAAUGCCUAAUUUCACGUUUUGUCGAGGACGGGAACACGAAACAACAACUUUCUUUUUUUUCCUGAACUUUGAUACAAUGCUUUCGAAUUCAACUCCAACGAAACUGGCCAACAUUUCUACGAAUUAAACGAGAUAGAGUAAGCGCGAUAAAGUAGAGACAGAAAUACUGAACCUCAGCAAAACUGAAUCUCUUGAGUGGAAAAGAUACAUUGACGAUAUUUUCUCAUUGUGGAGAACUGAGAGAAAGGAGAUAGAUGAAUUCAUUGCUCUUGCAAACAGGCAUCACCCUUCAAUUAAAUGUACGGCUGAAAUAUCUGAUAAUGCAUGAGAUUAACUUUCUGGAUACAACUGUUUACAAAGGCGAGAGAUUUCACAACCAAGGAAUCCUUGACAUCCGCACACAUUUUAAACGUACAGAGACUUUUCAAUACACGCAUUUCUCUUCCUGUAACCCUCACGGGGUCAGAAAAGGUCUCAUAAAGGGCGAAGCCCUUAGACUUCUGAGAACUAACUCCUCAGCUAAAUCCUUCUAUGAGAACAUCUACAACUUCAAAAAACGCCUUCGCGCUAGAGGUUACCCUCACAAUCUCAUAGAAAAAAUCACCUCUGAGGUUAAAUUUACCGAACGGAAGUCAGUUUUACAAAAGAACAAUGAAGUGCGAAAGAAAAUUCUGCCUUUCGUUACCACGUACCACCCUGCUUUGCCGAACCUUAAAAACAUUUUAAUGAGGAAAUGGCACUUAAUUCAAGAUCAACCACUACUUAGCGAAAUAUACAACGAGCCUCCCAUCAUUUCAUAUAAAGGAGCAAAAUCGCUCAGAGAUAUCCUCGUUAAAGCAAAACUAUAAGGUCACGUAUCACACUAUCACGAGCUUAUGAGUCGUCUUUGGCCUGUCACCACCUUCCUCCAAAAAAGAAUAUUUAACCAAAUCGAUUUAUUUUUUCGCAGAACAAGUAAAUUAAGAUGGAUAUUUCAACUAAGCGAAUAAAAAAUUGGGGGUUAGGUGCACUUUUAUCACCACAUAAUCAUUUAAUUUGCAACCAAUUAUUUUGGCCAAAAAAGGAUUAGGCAAACUUUUUAUAUGAAGCAAGGGCGUCUAUGCCGUUAACAAUAGGUGAAUCUUUGUUCGUUUCACUUCGUCAGCAAUAGAAAUUCACGUAGAAAAAGAAACAUGCUAAGUAAGAAUUGUCUUGAAAAACUAAUAGCCUCUUCAAUUUUUAGCUCCUUGCAUAGUGUUAGGUAACAAAAAAUGUUAAUGAGGCCAUACAUUCUUGGUAAGAAUUCGAGUUUUAAACAUUGCGUUGCACAAAGAGUCGAAAUAAUAUCCGGUUUAUGCGACUGAAAUACUCAGAAGAAGGUAGCAGUCUUAUGUCCCUUUAAAAUUUAAGAAUGCUGGUCCAUUCAAUUUGUUACAUAUUUAUUUUUUAGUUAUUUUAUUUUCAUCAUAUUGAGUCUGAAAUAGGUUAUAACCGUACAAUGUACCAUUCACACGUCAUUUCUUCCUGAUUUUGGUUUUUCUGACAGGUUCAUCAGAGGGAUUGAAAUUCAUGCUCAAACAAGUUUACCUAAGGUUUGAAUCUCUUUGCUUUAAGUCUAAAAAAGGUAUCCUGUGCAUUGAAUCAUUUAUCCUGUCUUAGAGAUGUUAAAUCUGACACUCACAAAUUGUUUCUCUCCAGGAUCUCCUAGAGUCAGUGAAUGUUGAACCAACCCAGGGAGCUAUCAAAUACAUUAUAUCAACAAAGGUGUGAUUAUCCUUGAUAGACCCAUAAGGACUAUUCCCAUUAUACUAGGAUGACGUUCAUUGUGGAAGGAUCUUAUUCCAGCUCCAAAUAUUUCGAUCUGGUCGACACUCAAUAGUAUCCAUCGAAAGGCCAUUGGACACUUUAUGAAGUUUGCACAACGUAGUAUUCCUUAUUGUCUCCACAUUACACUAAGACGAAACAUUUAAAUCUCUUGAAAUUUCUGCUCAGAAAAUGUUCAUGAAACCCUAACCUUAAAUAGAAGCUAACCGUUUGAAGUUAGUGCUUAACCCUAAUCACUGUUUUCAGUGCUUAACCCUAAUCAGUAUUGCCUAACCCAAAUCACUAUAGUCAGUGCUCCAAACCUAAGCGAUAAGGGAUACUAAGUUGUAUAAACUUCAUCAGGUGUCUAAGGGCAUUUCGACGGAUGUUAUUGAGUAACACCCUUUCAAUGUUGUGUUGAAUUGCAUUAUGGCAACGUUUUAGGGGGAUAAGUUUUGACCCAGUUUCCUUUGCAACCUUGUAAUAGCCAAUAAGGUUGCGUUCCAUUUGACCAAAUCCGGAUAUUGCGAUCCAAAAUUGGACUAAACCAAUCUUAGAUUACAAACUGAACGAUCCACUUCCGCACUUGGAUCCAGGGUUCGCGCGCACCUUGAAAGUCCUUGAAUUUUGAAAUAAAAAUUCAAGGCUUUGAAAGUCCAUGAAAAUUGCAGUCGGUGCUGGAAAGUCUUUGAAUUUCGGUGCUAAUUUUAUCCAACCCAGAUUCUCAAGUGCCUACAGGAGCAAACACAGAAAGACCUUCACGAUACAAUUGCUCAUGUUGUGGAAGAACUAGAAAAGACAUGGGCUCAGGGCUCUUUUUCGUACUGAAUGGGAUCCUUGAAAAAUAGGAUGGGUCCUUGAAAAGUCCUUGAAUUUUUUUUUUCAAAAAAGGGUACGAACCCUGUGGAUCGUUCAGUUUGGUUUCUCAAUAGAUCGUUUUCAUUGUCACGCAACAAACAGUAAAUUGGAAACCAUCUAGUGGAAGAAGCCAAGAAAAUGAAAUGUUAUAAAAGACCAAUAUAUAAACAAUUUGUCCAAGUCUCAGGUCUUUCUGGCCCACAGUUUCUGAGUUAUUUGCCGAAACGUUUCACGCACCUUUUGAGAGCUUUGUAUGGAGACGCCAUGUUGGUGUACCGUUUUAAUCCACCAAUGUGGCCGCCGGAAAUCAUCAAAAACAUCUGGAGUUCACUUUUUCUAUAAAAGCUCCUUCUUUUCACUCGGGAACUAACAUACGUGCGCAUAAACAUAUCUUCUAAUUCUUGAAAUGGUUUCACUCCUGAAAAUCAACAGAAGAGACCUUUUUUCAACGAGACACCAUUCCUAUUUUGCGGUCACGCACUGUGAAAACUCGGAAGUUCAAAUCACUGUAUUUUUGAAAUGAAACAUGCUACUGGAAUGGAUACUUGUACAAAGAUUUAUUUUUUGUUUAUCUUUAGCCUAGUAUAAAUAAGAAUUCGUAAAACCUCGCUAUUUUGACUUUACAAUUUGAUGACGUCAGUGUGAAAACCAUCUAUUGCGUUAUUGUUUUGCUAUCAUUUUGCCACAUUUAACUUAAAUAUAUACAUAAAAUUCAGGAAGAUGCGGCAAGGGAGCCCAUGGAAGCCAAUAAGGCUUAUGAAAAGGACCACAUUUAAAAAUUUAUGACUUAAUUAUUAAAUAAAAUACUGCCAUCGGCAAGAAAAUUUAACUAAACAUACACAAUCUCUUUAUACCAUAGAAAAUAAUCAUUAAAUAGGAUGAAAAUAGAUAACGUUGAGCGUGCAAAAAGAAGAAGAAAAAGUGAGAAAAAUAAUGCAAAAAUACGACGAAAAAAAGCGAAAGAAUCGAAAAAGUCCACGCAAGCUUUAAGAGAAGUAAAGUAUGCUUAUAUCAAGAAAAAUGAAUUGAGUUUAGUCAAUCUGGUCAAAGAUUUUUGUUUCAUUUAACGAAAUUGCUUUUUGAUCGCAAGAAUGUGCUCGUUCAUCAGGUGAUAGGUAAAACAUGACGGGUAAAGGUCGAUUCAGACAAAAAUUAUUUAUACUCGUCUGUUGUCCUAUCGAAAAUCGCCGGAAACUCCCAUCAAGAAUCUCAGGAAAAAUUGCAUGGGAAGCAUAGUUUUAUCCUUGUGUCUUAUACUGUAUUGUUUUGUAACAGGUAGGAAGUGGACCGUGUGAGCUGGCACAAGAGUACAGUCUUCUAAAUGACAACGGGCUUCCUAAAUCCUGAUCAUGAGCUCAACACGCGCGCCCAGCUUUUCCAAAAGGAUUGGCAUUAUGCACAACUGAUUGCGUUAUUCGCCAAUUGAAGAAGGGCUCAGAGAAUCGUCCGUUCCUAAGAGGAGGCAAGUACCCCUUUAGGGGGGAAUUCACAGUAUGUCUGUUGGAGGAGAGGGAAGUGGAUCAGAAAGGCGUCUUGACUUUUCGUCGAACUGCAGAUAGUACUGAAAGAUGAAAAGAUCGCAAACCAGUUUUUUUUUUUAAUUUUUUAUUGCACAACUUGAACUUUUGUGUUGAGAUCAGCAUAAACUAACAUAAAUCGAACGUGAAAAUUAUCUUGUCCUACAAUUUCGAUCUUGGGUUUUUGAAGCGAACCGUGAGAAAUGUGAACCAAACCCCUCAACCCUGCCCCCAUAAGACAUCCGGGCGAAGUUCCCGACCUGAAAUUAACGCAUUAAAAAAUCUGUGUUACCUGUUGUAAUCUUGUUUUGAUGUCAUGUCUACACUGCCG